ACGACACUAGACCGAACAAGCAGGCCGGAUUGUCUCGAACUCUCGAUCAGCAGCAGACGACCACCAGUUCGUGUGCGGCCGUCGGAGUGUGAGGACCAGUCAUCGCGCUCAAGAUAUCUUGUGACUGACUUUUCGUUUUUUUGUUACUUUUAAAGCGUCGUUAUAAACCGCGAGUUUCAUUAUACAGUGGAGGAAUCACGAAGCCGUAUACACGUCGUAUAUUUUAUUUGUAGAGUAUCGUACUGACAUUUUUUUUCCUGUUUGCCGAUAACCGACCAAGCUGUAGCGUAUAUAAAUACAUUUCCACGAACAAGCAAUACAUUACGGGAAGGAUGCCUGAGAGUUGGGAAUACCCCCCGAAGCAGGGUCUCUACGACCCGUCCUUCGAAACUGCUGCCUGCGGCGUCGGGUUCAUCGUCAAUAUUGAUGGAGAAGCUUCUUCCAAGAUUAUCCGAGAUGCGGAGAAGUUGGCCUCCCGCAUGAAGCACCGAGGGGCCUGUUCUUGCGACAACGACACGGGAGAUGGCGCCGGCGUCCUGGUCGCCAUUCCCCACCAGUUCUACGCGGAGAAGCUCGGAGAGGAACAGGGGGUGGAGCUCCCCGAACCCGGCAAAUAUGCGACGGGCAUCUUCUACAUGGACAAGACCCACCACGAGGAGUCUGAGCAGAUGUUUUCUGACCUGGCUUCGUCUCAUGGCCUCGAGGUCAUCUGCUGGCGUACCAUUCCGACGGACCGCGCCAGCAUCGGCGAAGUGGCCCGUGGAACGGAACCACUUAUGCGUCAAGUGUUUGUCAAGGUCCCUCGAGAGGCGGAGGAGGAGGACUACGAUAGCCUGGCUUUUUCUAAGAAGGUGUGGGUAUUAAGGAAGCAGGCGACCCAUAAGCUUGUCCGUCCUGGAUGUAGAUUCUACAUAUGCUCUCUCUCCACGACUACUGUCGUUUACAAAGGACAGCUGACUUCUGACCAACUUUGGACUUACUUUAAGGAUUUGAUGGAUCCUAAGUUUUCAACUUACUUGGCUCUUGUCCACACGAGAUUUUCCACCAACACUUUUCCGUCUUGGGAAAGAGCUCACCCUUUAAGGUUGAUGGCUCACAAUGGUGAAAUCAACACUCUGCGAGGAAACGUGAACUUUAUGAAAGCACGAGAAGGAGUGAUGUUUAGUUCUGAAUUUGGAGAUAACCUCUCUUCUCUGUACCCUGUAGUAGAGCCAAAUCUCUCAGAUUCUGGAGCAGUUGACUGCUGCUUAGAAUUUUUGGUGAUGGCUGGAGGUCGAUCUUUGCCAGAGGCAAUAAUGACCAUGGUUCCUGAGGCAUGGCAGAAUGAUGAAUUCAUGAACUCAGAGAAGAAGGACUUUUACCGAUGGGCAGCUUGUGCAAUGGAACCAUGGGAUGGCCCUGCUCUUAUGACCUUCACUGAUGGUCGCUACAUAGGUGCCAUUUUGGAUCGGAAUGGACUGCGACCCUCUCGCUAUUACGUCACCAAAGAUCGAAUGCUGGUUAUGGCGUCUGAAGUGGGCGUUUAUGACACAGAGCCUGAGAAUAUUCUGCAGAAGGGCCGCUUAAAACCUGGCCGAAUGUUGCUGGUGGAUACUGUCGAAAAAUUAGUCACUCGUGAUGAGGAACUGAAGCUUCAGAUUGCAAGAUCUCGACCACAUGGCGAUUGGAUUCAGGAACAGUUUACUUUGAAAGAUUUGUAUGCUGCCCAUGAGGGUGAACUAAGCCCUGAAAUGCCCAUUACCAAUGGAUAUGUAAAUGGCAUUGUAAGUAGUGAUGAAAAUGCUGCCUUAAUGAGGACAUUUGGAGGAGAUCGUCGUUUGCCCAUGUUCGGGUACACCAUUGAAACCCUGAAUAUGCUGUUGCUGCCAAUGGUGACUACUCAAAAGGAAGCUUUGGGCUCCAUGGGUAAUGAUGCACCUCUGGCAUGCCUUUCAAAUUUCCAGCCACUUCUGUAUGACUAUUUUAAGCAGCUGUUUGCUCAAGUCACUAAUCCACCAAUUGACCCUUUCCGUGAGAAGAUUGUGAUGUCUCUUGCAUGUCCUAUUGGUCCAGAGGCUAACAUCCUAGAACCAAGUGCUCUUCAGUGUCACCGUCUCUUCCUGCCAAAUCCAAUACUUUCCCUGCAAGAUUUAGAGGUGAUCAAAGCUACAAAUCAUAGAGGUUGGAGGACUCGGGUGAUUGACAUCACAUAUCCAGUAUCGGAAGGAGUGCAAGGACUUGUGCCAGCUUUAGAUCGCAUUGCUUCAGAGGCAUGUGAAGCAGCCAAGAAUGGAUACCAGCUUUUAGUUCUCUCUGAUCGUCAGGCUGGACCAGAUAGGCUGCCUGUGAGCAUUCUGAUGGCCCUUGGCUGCACACACCAUUAUUUAAUUGACGAACGACAGCGCAUGAAAGUAGGCCUCCUCCUUGAAACAGGUGAAGCUAGAGAAGUUCAUCACAUGUGUGUCCUCCUUGGCUAUGGUGCAGACGCAAUAUGCCCUUAUUUGGUAUUUGAAACUAUGAGCACACUACGGUCAGAAGGUGUCUUAAGCGCCAAUCUUACAGAUCAAGAGAUUUUCCAAAACUACAUUGCAGCCAUGGAGAGGGGUUUGUCAAAAGUAAUGGCUAAGAUGGGCAUUUCAACCCUUCAGUCGUACAAAGGAGCACAAAUAUUUGAGGCUGUUGGCAUUGCAGAAGAAAUAAUUAACAAAUGCUUCAAGGGCACAGCUUCCCGUAUUGGAGGAGUAACGUUUGAUAUUGCUGGUAAUGAAAUUAUCGAUCGUCAUGCACUUUCAUAUGGUGAUCGGGAAUGUGAUACGCUAAUUUUGCGAAACCCUGGCUUCUAUCAUUGGCGUAGUGGUGGUGAAAAGCACAUCAAUGAUCCUGUAUCUAUAGCAAAUCUGCAGGAUGCUGCUCGCAGCAAUAAUAAGUCUCAGUAUGAUAAAUUCAAAGAAUCUACCAUUGAAAGUGUCAAGGACUGCACACUCCGUGGCCAGUUGGAAUUUGUCACUUUAGAUAAAUCAAUUGACAUAUCUGAGGUGGAAUCUGCAGCAGAAAUCGUUAAACGGUUUGCAACAGGAGCCAUGAGUUUUGGUUCCAUAUCAAUUGAAGCUCAUACCACACUUGCUAUUGCCAUGAACAGAGUAGGUGGAAAGUCUAAUACUGGUGAAGGAGGAGAGAAUGCUGAUCGUUACAUUAACCAGGACCCUGAAAACAACAAACGUUCUGCAAUCAAACAGGUAGCAUCUGGUCGAUUUGGUGUUACAGCAUCCUACUUGGCAAAUGCUGAUGAACUGCAAAUUAAAAUGGCACAGGGUGCCAAGCCAGGAGAAGGUGGUGAAUUACCAGGCUAUAAGGUCUCUGAAGAUAUUGCCAAAACAAGACAUUCAGUUCCUGGUGUGGGUCUUAUUUCACCACCACCUCACCAUGACAUCUACAGUAUUGAGGAUCUGGCUGAACUUAUAUAUGACCUUAAAUGUUCAAAUCCAUCGGCAAGAAUUUCAGUGAAACUGGUGUCGGAAGUUGGAGUAGGUGUAGUUGCCUCAGGAGUGGCAAAGGGCAAGGCUGAGCACAUUACCAUCUCUGGUCAUGAUGGUGGUACUGGUGCAAGUAGCUGGACUGGAAUAAAAAGUGCAGGUCUUCCUUGGGAACUUGGUAUUUCUGAAACCCACCAGACACUUGUUUUGAACAAUCUCAGGUCCCGCGUGGUUUUACAAGCAGAUGGACAGAUUCGUUGUGGCUUUGAUGUGGUUGUUGCUGCUCUUUUGGGAGCUGAUGAAUUUGGGUUCAGCACAGCCCCACUUAUUGUCAUGGGAUGUACAAUGAUGCGUAAAUGUCAUCUCAACACUUGCCCUGUUGGUAUUGCUACUCAAGAUCCUAUUCUCAGGAAGAAGUUUGAAGGCAAACCUGAGCAUGUUGUGAACUACCUAUUCAUGUUAGCAGAAGAGGUUCGUGAGCACAUGGCAUCCAUGGGCAUUCGCAAAUUCCAGGAUAUGGUUGGUCGCACAGACCUCCUAAAGAUGCGGGAGUCUUGCAGCUCAAAAGCCAAGCUGUUGGAUUUCUCAAAUAUUUUGAAGAACGCUCUCCACAUGAGACCUGGAAUAAAUACAGUUGGAGGAUCAGUGGGUCAGGACUUUGGCCUUGAGAAUCAUCUUGACCAAGAAUUGUUGGCUGAGGCUAUGCCAGUGUUUGAUGGAUCUACUGAUUCUGUGACCAUUAAUAAAACCAUUCACAACGAAGUUAGAACAUUUGGGGCUACUCUUUCGCACCAUAUUGCAAAGAAAUUUGGUGAAGAUGGACUUCCAGAAAACAGCAUUGUCAUAAAUCUGUAUGGUUCUGCUGGACAAAGUUUCUGUGCCUUCCUGGCCAAAGGUGUUAAAGUUAUUCUCGAAGGAGAUGCUAAUGAUUAUGUGGGCAAAGGCCUGUCUGGAGGUGAGGUGGUGAUCUACCCACAGAAAAAUAUGCCCGAAGAGUUCAAAACUGAAGAAAAUAUUAUUGUGGGUAAUGUAUGCUUGUAUGGUGCUACAUCAGGCUCUGCAUUCUUCAGGGGUAUCGCAGCAGAGAGGUUUUGCGUUCGAAACUCAGGAGCUGUGGCUGUUGUAGAAGGAGUUGGUGACCAUGGUUGUGAGUACAUGACUGGUGGAAUUGUUCUUAUCUUAGGUCCUACUGGACGAAACUUUGCUGCUGGCAUGUCUGGUGGAAUUGCCUACGUUCUUGAUCCUGAAAAUGUAUUCCCAAGUAACUGCAACAAGCAGACUGUAGAACUUCUUCCACUUGAAGAAGCAGAUGACUUGCAGAUGGUAGAAUCUCUUUUACGGAAGUACCAGGAAAGAACAGGGUCUCAGGUGGCUGAAAAUAUGUUGUCAGACUGGCCAGCUCAAGCCAGUAAAUUUGUUAAGGUGUUCCCAUAUGAAUACCAAAGAGCUUUGAAACAACUGAAGGAAGCCGAAAUGAGUACAGAAACUGUGAAUGAGAAGCCUAAAGUUGAAGCCAAGUCUGAGCCAGCUGUUUGUGACAUUGAAGAUUCCAUUACAGAUGCUACAAUGGAGAAAAAGAGACUAGAGAAAAUACUUGACAAGACCAGAGGCUUUGUCAAGUACAAGCGUGAAACGGCCAUGUAUCGAUCCCCUGAAAAACGGCAGAAAGACUGGGAUGAAAUUUACAACUUUGAUGGAGUACGCCGUGGCCUCAGAGUUCAGGCAGCUAGGUGUAUGGAUUGCGGAGUCCCUUUCUGUCAGUCAUCUCAUGGUUGUCCACUUGGUAAUAUCAUACCCAAAUGGAAUGAUCUCAUCUUUAAUAACAUGUGGAAAGAGGCUCUGAAUCAGUUACUUCAAACUAAUAAUUUCCCAGAAUUCACUGGUCGUGUAUGUCCUGCUCCAUGUGAGGGUGCGUGUGUCUUGGGUAUCAACGAGCUGCCAGUGACUAUCAAGAAUAUUGAGUGUUCCAUAAUUGACCAUGCAUUUGAGCAGGGUUGGAUUAAACCUGAACCCCCGACAACAAGAACCGGAAAGAAGGUGGCUGUUGUAGGCUCUGGACCAGCUGGAUUGGCUGCUGCUCAUCAGUUGAAUAAGGCUGGUCAUUUGGUAACGGUCUUUGAAAGAAAUGAUCGUAUAGGUGGCUUGCUCCAGUAUGGCAUUCCUACAAUGAAACUAAGCAAGGAAGUGGUACAGCGUCGUGUGGAAUUGAUGAAAGAGGAGGGUAUUGUUUUCAAAACAAAUGUAAAUGUUGGAAAAGACAUUUCUGCUAAGGAUCUACAAGAAGAGUUUGAUGCAGUUCUCUUAUGUCUGGGUGCAACGUGGCCUAGAGAUUUGCCAAUUCCAAAUCGUCAGCUAGAAGGUAUACAUUUUGCUAUGGCAUUCCUGGAAACAUGGCAAAAGAAGCAGAUGGGAAAUUCAAUUGACCAUACAGCACUUAAUGCAAAGGAUAAGGAUGUUGUUGUUAUUGGUGGUGGUGACACAGGAUGCGACUGCAUUGGUACUUCACUGAGACAUGGAGCAAAGUCCAUCACCACCUUUGAGAUCUUGCCUCAGCCUCCACCUUCACGUGGUAAAGAUAAUCCAUGGCCUACAUAUCCCAGAGUAUUUAAGGUUGAUUAUGGCCACGAUGAAGUUAAAGUAAAGUUUGGACGUGAUCCAAGAGAAUAUAGCACACUCACAAAGGAAUUCUUGGAUGAUGGAAAUGGUAACGUUGCUGGCGUUAAAGCUGUGAAGGUCGAAUGGACAAAGGAUGAAUGUGGUCGGUGGAAGAUGAAUGAAGUUGAAGGUUCAGAACAGGUGUACAAGGCUGAUUUGGUAUUACUGGCAAUGGGCUUCCUUGGUCCUGAGAAGUAUAUUAUCAAUGAACUUGAAUUGGAGCAAGAUCCUCGUUCUAAUAUUUCGACCCCUCCAGGCAAAUAUUCAACAAGUGUGGACAAAUUCUUUGCUGCUGGAGAUUGCAGGAGAGGCCAGUCCCUUGUCGUAUGGGCUAUAAAUGAAGGACGACAAGCUGCACGUGAAGUAGAUGCUUAUCUUAUGAAUACUUCAGUUUUGCCUAUGGUAGGCGGUGUUGUCCAAAUAACUCAGAAAGGUUAAAGUUGAAACUAAACUGGAACUGAGUAUAUAGACACUUAAUGAUAAAUACCAUAGCUGGAAAGAGGAUUCUAAUAAAAUGGGAAUAGGCUUGACUUGAUGCGUUUGGUCAUGACCCAUUUUGUUGAACAUCUCUUAGAGAUGUAGGUACAUACUGUGCAAUUGUUACCUUACAUAUCGUGAAAAUAUAGCUUUAAUUUAAUUAAAAGUUGUAUACUGUACUUGUAAAAGUGUAGUCCGUAAGUAUAGAGUGGAAUAUAUAUGAAUGGGUAACCUGACAUAUUGUUACUUUAUGGAGUUUGUAUUUUUUGUAGUGCUGUGCCAAUUGUAACUAGAUUUAGAAAACAGGAAAUACAGUUUUUCAACUGAUUAAUUUCUUAUGUUUAUAAUUAAAAUUAUCCAUUUAAAUACUAUAAUGUAUUCCAACUGCUAUUUGUUAAUAAUUGUAAAUAGAAUAAAUGUUUAAUAUUUUUAAUUUCUGUAUAAGAAAGGUUUGUUGCAUGUUUCAGUAAUUUCAAUGGAGGAGUAUUUUAAGUGUUAUGUAUAAUGUUGGAAUGGCAUUGCCUUUUACAUGGGAAGGAAACUCCUUACCAAUUUUAGUUAUCAGAAAAGGUGCUGUAGUGUGGCAACGACUUUAAAUUUAUCCAACGCACAAUGAUUUUUUAAAAUCUUAUGUAUAAUUGGAAUCAUUUCAGUUAUAUGAAAACUAGUUUUGCACAAUAUUUUUUAAAUUAGUAGUACAGUGAUUAUCUCUAUAUAAACCAAGGCCAUAGGGUAAAUGGUCAUUACUUAUAAAAAAGUUUUAUAGCAAUUGGCAUUCAGAGAAAAGUUAUCAGUGAUGACUGAUAAGAUCAAUCUGCUCUAGUUCAUUUUAUCCUCCAUUUUUAUUGUAGGGUGAUCAGUUUUUCUUUUUUCUUUUUUUAUAUAUGUUAUUGUAGGGUGAUUAUGUCCAAAUAAAAACAUUCCAAGUAUGUGUACUGUUCAGCACACAGUGAAUAUAUAUAUUUGACAAGUAAUUUAUUUUUUGUUACGGUUAUUUCUUAUGAAUGCCGUUUGUAACGUCCAAAAAAAAUUUUUUUAAAUUAAAAAUUAAAUGUUAUUUAAUGAUAAAAUUCAAAUCAUAGCCUAAAUAAAUAUUAGUUAAUGGCACAAUAAUAUUAAUACAAUGUAGUACAGACAUACUGAAUUUGAUCCCUAUUUCCAUAAGUAUAGUAUUCGGUACUAAGGUGUACUGUAAUUAUCUUAGGUCACAGGUACCAUCCACUUCAUUAAUUUCUUUAAAACUUACAGAUCAAAGAACAGUUUCCUAAAAGAGUUGCAAAUUUACAUGUAUAUGAAUUUUAACUUGCUUUGCCAAGAGUUUUCAAAGUUUCUUUCUCAGCUCAUUUCUUCUCAACUGAAUUGCUGCCUGCAACUCAAACAACUGCUUGUGAUAGUGAUGCCUGGUUAAUGUGAAACUUGGUCUUCCAUAGUUAAUGCUAGAUACUAUAUCUCUCUGUACUAUUAUGUAAUAUACUGUAUAGCCUAAGAAUCUGAAGUUCUUGGUAUUCUUCUGUUUAUGUGGAUUAUCAUGCAUUUUGUAUGUACAUCUGUGGUUAGACUGUAUGGUUUACAGACCAAAGUUUUUGGUGCAGCAUGUUAUUGCAGGAGGUAUAUCUUGAACUGAAAAUACUCUCAAUGGGCAACAUACGGUUUGCCCUUCCUUGGAAAUGUAUAAUAGUAAAUUCAAUUUGUAGUCUUGCCUGCAUAGUUUCAUGUACUACAUGUACAUUUUACCGAGGGUAUGUAUACAUAGUUCGUACGAAACAGAUCCGUUUAAAGUGCUUGCUUAGUUAGCCUUUAAUUUAAUUAAAUAAAAUCUGUGUACAUAGCUA